AUGAGAUCACCUACACACAUGUGUCUUCUGAGCUCCGCUUGUCCACUAUCAUCCCUGCCUAACAAGGAUCGUACAUCGGAUUCACUUGGCGGAACGGAACUCGAUCUUGACAAGAGUCUCGAAGAAAGGGGCUCGGACUUGUCCAGAUUGACAGAUGCAGCUUGCAUCACUGCGCAGUCAGUCUACUCGUGUUGCCUUCUUAUUCGAUUGAACGACACCUCGCUACUAGUAACUGGGCGAUCGAGCCGAUCCCAAGGCACGACCCUCAUGCAUCUACCUAGACCCCAGUUGAUUUCAACAACUCGAUUUGGCUAUGUGCAUGAAGACCUGGUCCUGGUUGCUGAAACUUGGACCACCUGCUCCGACAACACCGAUGCAAAGCCAGGCCCUCGGACAGCUCAUCGCCACUUCUACCAGGCCUCGGACCCCGCUACCGGGCGACCCGGCACUCAUCUCGCUGCUCACUCUCCUCCUGUCCGAAAGGCUGGGUCAAAGCGUCACAAAACAUCAGGCCACCAACGAGAGUCCAAGUUGGGAUGA